AUGGCGCGCCCUGCGAACCCGCUACUGGCGCUGUCUGUCGUCCUGCCACUGCUGCUGCUGCCGCCGCCGCUGCUGCUGCUCGGAGCCGGGGACCCUCUCCCCACAGAGGGCCGGCUUAUGAACAGCUGUAUCCAGGCCAGGAGGAAAUGCCAGGCCGAUCCCACUUGCAAUGCUGCUUACCACCACCACUUGAGUUCCUGCACUUCUAGUAUAAGCACCCCAUCACCUGCAGAGGUGCCUUCCGUUUCUGCAGACUGCUUGGAGGCAGCACAGCACCUCAGGAACAGCUCUCUGAUGAGCUGCACGUGCCACCGGCGCAUGAAGAACCAAACUGUCUGCCUGGAAAUCUACUGGACCGUUCACCCUGCCCGCAGCCUUGGUGACUAUGAGCCGGAUGUCUCCCCCUAUGAAGACACGGUGACCAGAAAACCCUGGAAAAUGAAUCUCAGCAAACUGAACAUGCUCAAACCAGACUCAGACCUCUGCCUCAAGUUCGCCAUGCUGUGCACUCUUAAUGACAAGUGUGACCGGCUGCGCAAGGCCUAUGGGGAGGCCUGCUCCUCCGGGCUCCACUGCCAGCGCCACAACUGCCUGCAGCAGCUUCGUGCUUUCUUCGAGAAGGCGUCGGAGCCCCAUGCGCAGGGCCUGCUGCUGUGCCCGUGCGCGCCUUCCGACCUGCGCUGCGGGCAGCGCCGGCGCAACACCAUCGCCCCCAGCUGCGCUCUGCCCCCUGGGACCCCCAACUGUCUGGAUCUGCGGCGCCUCUGCCUCUCAGACCUGCUGUGCAAAUCACGCCUGGCCGAUUUUCAGACCCACUGCCAUCCCAUGGACAUCCUAGGGACCUGUGCUACGGAGCAGUCCAGAUGUCUGCAAGCGUACAUGGGGCUGAUUGGAACUGCUAUGACCCCCAACUUCGUCAGCAACGUCAAUGCCAGUGUUGCCUUAAGCUGUACCUGCCGAGGCAGUGGCAACCUGCAGGAGGAGUGUGAGCGGCUGGAAGAGUCUUUUUCCCACAACCCCUGUCUCAUGGAGGCCAUUGCAGUUAAGAUGCGUUUGCAUAGCCAACUCUUCUCCCAGGACCCAGCGGACUCUACCUUACCCGUGAUGGAACGCCAGAACACAAACCCUGCUCUGAGGCCACGGCCCUGGAUGCCCUCUCUUUUCUCCUGCACACUUACCUUGAUUCUGCUCCCAAGUUUCUGGUAGCUGGACUUCCCUGGGGGCCCUCUUCCUUCCUACUAUACCCAGCCUGACCUGCUGCCUACAAGAAGUGAAGAAAGGACAGCAUCAAGAAGGAGGUGCAGUACACCACAUAACAACCCUGACGCCCCCACCACUGCACAUUCACACAGUAGAAGCUGACUGGCUAAGUUCCCAUUCCCUCCACUUCAGACUUGGGCUGCCCCUCCUUAGAAACUGGUCACCCUGGUUAGCCAUAUCUUUUUCUUUUUUUUUAGGCAUUUUAUUAUUUUUUUUAAUAUAUCUUUAUUGAUUUCAGAGAGAG